AUGUUCUCAUUAAUCUCGGGUUUUUAUCGAUGGCUGACCGAACGGGAAGAGAGGAAGCUGAUUAUAGUAGGAGUGGACAAUGCUGGGAAGACGACGACGUUAGAACAGUUGAAACGGAAUCAUACGGGUAAAGGAAUGGAGCUCGAGAGAAUACCGCCAACUGUUGGCCUCAAUGUGGGUCGAAUAACGAUGGACCAUGUGGACGCUGUAUUUUGGGAUGUUGGUGGGCAGAUAGCCCUUCGAGAGCUCUGGAGCAGCUACUAUGAGGACUGUAACGGUAUAGUAUUUGUAGUGGACUCGGCUGAUGAGAAGAGAAUGCGGAAUGACGUAGACACCGCAGCUCAGGUCUUGUCGGACCGACGCUUGGCACACAAACCGCUAGCCUUGUUGUGCAACAAGCAUGACCUUCCCGAUGCCCUCCCGUCAGUGGAGGUGGAGGAUAUGCUGGGGCUCUCUGAGCAGAUGGAUCGACCCUUGAAGGUGUUCUCUGUUAGUGCUCUGAAGAAUGAGGGUCUUGAGGACGCCAUACAUUGGCUGCUACGGGAAGCCAGUAACUCGACGAACCAGGCCGAGUGA